AUGGGGAAAUUUUCAAGCAAGUAUGUUGGCGUUUUAGCUGUGAUAUUUGUUUUAGUGCUAGGUAUAGCAGAAUGUAGAAAAAUAGAGAAAGAUGGCUUUGGAGAUGGUGCUGGGGGAGGUGGAGGCUUUGGUGGUGGUGCUGGUCUAGGUGGUGGUGGAGGCGGUGCUGGUGGUGGCUUCGGAGGAGGCAAGGGUGGUGGUAUAGGAAUUGGAGGAGGCAAAGGUGGAGGGGUUGGGGGUGGUGUAGGUGGGGGUGCUGGUGGUGGCAUUGGAGGUGGAGCCGGGGGAGGAGGUGGUGCUGGUGGUGGCUUCGGAGGAGGCAAGGGUGGUGGUAUAGGAAUUGGAGGAGGCAAAGGUGGAGGGGUUGGGGGUGGUGUAGGUGGGGGUGCUGGUGGUGGCAUUGGAGGUGGAGCCGGGGGAGGAGGUGGUGCUGGUGGUGGGGUUGGAGGUGGUGCCGGUGGGGGUGCUGUUGGUGGCCUUGGAGGUGGAGCGGGCGGGGGUGCUGGUGGUGGCCUUGGAGGUGGAGCCGGGGGAGGAGGCGGGGUUGGAGGUGGUGCCGGUGGGGGUGCUGGUGGUGGCAUUGGAGGUGGAGCUGGGGCAGGUGGUGGAGUUGGAGGUGGUGCCGGUGGGGGUAUUGGAGGAGGCAAAGGUGGAGGGGUUGGAGGUGGUGUAGGUGGGGGUUCUGGUGGAGGUAUUGGAGGAGGCAAAGGUGGAGGGUUUGGAGGUGGUGUAGGUGGGGGUUCUGGUGGUGGCAUUGGAGGUGGAGCCGGGGGAGGUGGUGGAGUUGGAGGUGGUGCUGGUGGGGGCGCUGGUGGUGGCAUUGGAGGUGGAGCCGGGGGAGGUGGUGGAGUUGGAGGUGGUGCUGGUGGGGGCGCUGGUGGUGGUGGAGGUAUUGGAGGAGGUAAAGGUGGAGGGGUUGGAGGUGGUGUAGGUGGGGGUUCUGGUGGUGGUUUUGGUGGUGGAGCCGGGGGAGGUGGUGGAGUUGGAGGUGGUGUAGGUGGGGGUGCUGGUGGUGGCAUCGGAGGUGGUGCUGGUGGCGGAAAAGGUGGAGGUGCAGGAGGAGGAUUUGGUGGGGGAGCUGGAAGUGGUGCUGGUGGUGGCUUCGGAGGAGGAGGUGGUUUCGGUGGAGGAAGUGGUGGUGGGCAUUAA